CCGUUCUGAGGCGCUUCGCCCGCAGCUCGGUGCGCUCUCGGCACCCGGGCGCCUUGCCCGGGGCACGGGCGGCUGGCGCACCUCGGCGAGCCGGGCGCAGGACUGGCUAGAGGGGUGUGUGUGAGCGCGUUGGAUUGGAGAUCUGAGCUAAAGCAGAACCCGGCGGACCAGAGCAGCCAUGCUUCCCGGGGUGGGCGUGUUCGGCACCAGCCUCACGGCCCGUGUCAUCAUCCCGCUGCUGAAAGAUGAGGGCUUCGCUGUGAAGGCGCUGUGGGGCCGCACGCAAGAGGAAGCGGAGGAGCUGGCCAAGGAGAUGAGCGUCCCCUUCUACACCAGCCGCAUUGACGAGGUGCUGCUGCAUCAGGACGUGGACUUGGUGUGCAUCAACCUGCCGCCGCCCCUCACCAGGCAGAUCGCUGUCAAAACCCUGGGCAUCGGCAAGAACGUCAUCUGCGACCGCACGGCCACGCCGCUGGACGCCUUCCGCAUGAUGUCGGCCGCGCACUACUACCCCAAGCUCAUGAGCAUCAUGGGCAACGUGCUGCGCUUCCUGCCGGCCUUCGUGCGCAUGAAGCAGCUCAUCGAGGAGGGCUACGUGGGCGAGCUGCUGGUGUGCGAGGUGCAGGUGCACAGCGGCAGCCUGCUGGGCAAGAAGUACAACUGGAGCUGCGACGACCUGAUGGGCGGCGGCGGCCUGCACUCGGUGGGCACCUACAUCAUCGACCUGCUCACCUUCCUCACCGGCCAGAAGGCCGUCAAGGUCCACGGGCUGCUCAAGACCUUCGUGAAGCAGACCGACCACAUCAAGGGCAUCCGCCAGAUCACCAGCGACGACUUCUGCACCUUCCAGAUGGUGCUAGAGGGCGGCGUGUGCUGCACCGUCACCCUCAACUUCAACGUGCCCGGCGAGUUCAAGCAGGACGUGACCGUGGUGGGCUCGGCCGGGCGCCUGUUGGCGGCGGGCACGGACCUGUACGGGCAGCGCAACAGCGCGGCGGAGCAGGAGCUGCUGCUGCAGGACGCCACGCCCGUCAGCAACUCCCUGCUGCCCGAGAAGGCCUUCAGCGACAUCCCGGCGCCCUACCUGCGUGGCACCAUCAAGAUGAUGCAGGCGGUGCGCCAGGCCUUCCAGGACCAGGACGACCGGCGCACGUGGGACGGGCGGCCGCUCACCAUGGCCGCCACCUUCGAUGACUGCCUGUACGCCCUGUGCGUGGUGGACACCAUCAAGCGGUCCAGCCAGACGGGCGAGUGGCAGAACAUUGCCAUCAUGACCGAGGAGCCCGAGCUGAGCCCCGCCUACCUGAUCAGCGAGGCCAUGCGCCGCAGCCGGAUGUCCCUGUACUGUUAGCCCAGGACUGGGGACUUAGGCGGACGCAGGUCUUGGGCGUGGAGCCCGGAGUGGGGGAAGGAAGGCGAGGGGCGCGGGCAGAGGUGGCCUCGAGGAGUGCAGGGCGGGAAGGUGGCGGGGGUCAGUGUGAGUAAGUGGCAUUGAGGGGGGUGAACCCCCAGCCCGGGUGAGGGGUACCGAAGAAGACUGCUGGCGGGCUGAGCCAAUAGUGGCCAGGAGUAUUAGGGGCGUGGGGUGUGGGGGCUGCUAUUCCUGACAUCAUGCCUGCCGGGCCAUUCAUAAAGGGGGAGGAGGCUUAGCAGCUUCCUUUGCCCUUGACCAUGAGAAGCAGAGAGGGGGUGCUUUCCUCCUCAGCUCAUCUACCCCUUCACCUUGGCCUCCUUGGCGAGCCACAUGCUCCUGCCAUCCAGUGGCAAGGUCAGCCCCAGCGGGCUUCCACCCGCCCCCCCCAAGUCCCCAUCUGUCUGCAGAAGCCUGUUAGUCUGGGGAGAAGUAGGGGUGCAGCGGGCUAAUGAGAACCUUCAAAUUCCAGGAAGCCACUUAAAAUGUCUGGAGGAAAGAGCACUUGGUAGCAAAGCCAACAGCGAUCUUGAUUGAUUGGUGUUGCUCAUAGGAAGCAGAAGGGAGUGUCUUCCUCAUUGGUUCAUUGCCCUUGGCCUGGCCUGAGAUGGGGUAAGGGAGGGCCCGGAACAGCAAGUGAGCCAGAAGGAGAGCACCAGAGCACACAGGGCCUGGAGACAGAGGAGGCAGAGAAUACGAUAGCUCUGUGGGUUUGUCAACAAUUAGAAAAUUGUAAGGAGCCACCUUAUACCGCUACUUUGGCUGCGGUAGAACUGGGUGUAGGGGGAUAUGCUACUGAAAUGUCCUUCCACCGGGCUCUCUGGCAGGGUCAAAGGCACGGCAGGAGUGGGUUUGACCACAGAUUCCCAUCCUGGGGCCUCCGGGGCUGCAGUGGGUUCACCCAGCUUUGUGGAUUCAAAAGGGAAGACUUCAGUUCCAUGCAGAUAAUAAUCUUCCCUGGGUUGGGGGAGGGGGAAAGUCAAGGCUAUUUUCCUUAGCUUUGACCUUUGCUUUCAAGAUGCUGACACAUGCAAGUUUUUGAAUCGGUAUUAAAAAAAGACCAACCAGGCACAUAAUGCUCAGUGUUUCUAAAACGGGGUUUUAGAGCCCUCUGGGGUGUAUCUUCAGGUAGGACUGUGAAGGUUCAUGUUGGAAAAAAAAUGUAUUCUUCCUUUCCUUGGUCUCUGUUUCUCUCUCGUCUUCUUACUCUCUGCUUCCAGAGCUUUUACUGGAAAUGGUAGACGGCUUGGAGUGUUCCAAAGGGAACAACUGAAGUUACACAGACACGCACACACACACACACACACACACGUGCACACACGCACCACCACCACCACAUGUCCCUGAAACCAUGCUUAAAAAUGCAGACCUUUCUCGAAAGAAACACCCCAUUUGGAAAUGGGGGAUUCAUCUUAUCUUAAUUUUUCAUCCCCCAUUGGACACUUGUCAGGCUUGGAUGCCAAGACCAUUACUUGCAAAUCUACGUGGCUUUUGUUUGCAGGUCACAGAAAUCCAACAGUUGUCUCUUGCACAGAGCUGAGGUGUAGACAUCUCUUCAGCGGGUGGGUGGUAGAACUGCAAAGGAAUUUAAGGGGUGGUGAGGGCCCUCCACUCCCACCCCAGGCUCCAAGGAGGCAGAAUCUGAAAAUGAACAGAGUAGUCCUUUGUAUCCUUUGCCCUCCUCCCAGGGUCUAUACACUGUAUCACCCCGGGUGGGCGUGUCCAAAUGUGUUGGUCAUUUUCCAGCAGGAGGGGGAAGGCUUGCCUUCCUGGAAAGAGUCACCCUGCUUCCGGGGCCAACUGCAACCUGGCUGGGUUAGUCAGCUGACACUCUCUGGGGUACGUGGCGGUCCCUGACAUCACGACUUUGUAGCUUUUGCAGCUGUCAGUUCAAAGCUAGAGAUUUUAGGAGAACAAACGAGUCCCAGUCAUAGUUUGAGCAGAGAGAGGGCCGUGUGGUAGACUAUUGGAGUUCAAGUUCUCCUAAAUCGCCCUCUGGAUAAAUUACUUUUGUAGACACUGCCUGGAAAAAAAAAAAUUUUUUUUUCUAUCUGGCCGGAAAGGACGAAGGGAGAAGAAACUAGAUGACUCUAUGGGUCUCAUUUUCCUAAGUCGUUUCUAAUGUAAGUAGAGCUAUUCCAAGGGUUUCCAUUUUAUGUUUCUGUACUUAACCAAAAGACUCGGGAAGUUUUUUUGUAUUUUUGUUUAUUUGUUUUUUCCCCAAAGGCUUCUGAGUUCUGUGAUAAAUAUUCAGUGUCUAAAACAAAAAAUUCUCAUUUGGGGCUAGGGUAUAUAGAAAGAAAAUACAUAUUCUUUAAAAGAAGCAUGAAUAAUAUUUUAGUAAGUACUCACAUUUUAUCUACUGAAAUGCAUGUCGUAGGUAGAUGAAGGAAGGAGAGGAAGAAAAGACCUAAGUAGUUCAUUUUUAAAUGUGAAAAUUCUAGAAAAUGAAUUUAUGAUCCUUCUUUUAUGCUCCUUUUCGCCCCUGUAUUACCACUUGCAAAAGCCUUGAUUGGGAGUCACAACGGGAAGCUGAGAAGUCAGGCAUUCGCCUAAGCCUCCCUCCUAGCACACUCGGGACUGGGUACCAUCAGGCGGCUGUGACGCAGCAUGGGGCCCCAGUAGCAAUCCAGCCCCUUUCUGCUCUGAUGAUGGUGUUUCAAAGAUCCCUUGUAAGGCAGGCACCAUUUUAGGGUCUUCAAGUUUAGUCCCUGUUGCUUGAUCUGUUCCCUUCAUCCCACCAGAGAUGCCUCUGGUCUUGGAAAUAUGGGCUCACUCCACUGGCUGCCUGUGCUACUAGUUGAGAGAGGAUGGGGUUCAGUGGUCCUUACCUGGUAUUCACAAGUGUUUCGAAUGCUCUGGGCUUCCUUGGAAAAUUUGGAUUCUCUUGAGUGUCCUUGAGUCCAUGACCACUGUCCGCUCUUGUGUGACUUCUUCUCUCAAUGGAAGGGACAAUGCCAGGUGCCACAUAUGCUCCCUCCCUGCCUGGUGGCAAUUACCUGUGUAAUUGAACUCUAGGGACAGUCUUGGCUGACUCUGCUCCAAGACAAGCUUCUCCCAGACUCCUUCUGCAUCAGCAGAGAGCCAUCCAAGCUCGUUCUGUGCACCGUUUCUCCACCAUCCCCUGUGUGCAGGGUAUUUUAGGUAAAUCAUCUCAUUGAAUUCCCCCCCCAAACCCCCUAUGGUAUUGGGUGUUGUUCUCCCCACGAUAUGCAUGAGAAAAUCGAGGCUCUUUUGGGAAGGGUAGCUUGCCCACAAUCACACAAGCAUUAAGCAGAAGUGGAGUCCCCUGGAUCCAAAACUUUUCUUCUCCAAACCAUGCUGCCUCCCAAGAAGAAAGGUUGGUACCUCUCCUGUUCUCGCCAGGCAGCGAGCGCUCCUCGUUGAACAGGAGUGGGGGCUCUUCUCACGUCCUGCGGAGACUCCCGGGACUCAGGCUGAAGGUGACCUGCACAGGGCUCCCCCGCCGACGGUGGUCCACACCCCCCCUGGGGAGCAGGAUGCCACCUUUGACGCUGUGCCAGAAGGUUCCUUACAGAGCUGCAAAUAGAAGCAGUCGAUUUUUCUUUCCCUUCCAAAAUGGAACUGGCACUUGGCUUCUUUUAAAAUCGACUUCCUAAGUUGAUUCUGAUUGGAGGUGAUGUGGCAAACCGCAGUUGGGACCUUUCAGGACGUCAUUGGCCCGCUAUUAUCGGUGGCCUUGGGUUUUUCUCUGGGUGGUCUAAUAAUAGGAAAAUGUCUUCUCAGGGAGUGGGGCUUCUAGAGUUCGUUUGUGACUCUGAUUUAUCUGGCCUUUGUAUUCAUACCUCUACACUCUCGACUUUGUUUCUCUUGUCUCCUAGCCCAGCUGUGGAGUUUGAGCUGGGGCAUAGAGUUUGUCUCCGAUGGCAUUGCUUUUCUUCCAGUGGGAGUGGGGGGAGAUUUAAGCAUGCUGGGCAGAGAGGAAACAUCCUGGGAAGGAAGCAGGCCUGGUGACAUCCAAAGGGACUGCAGAGCCCCGGGUCUUCACAUCCUUGAUUAGUCCAGAGAGGUUAAGUGAUAGCAGAGGUCACACUGCUUCCGCGAGGCAGAACCAGGACUCGAAGCCCCGCUUGCACGUCCCACCCCACCAUACACGGCACUCUCAGAGCUCUCUGAUGGGGACAGGGAGGCGGAGAGGUGCAGGAACCCGUCUGAGGUCCUGUGAGUAGUUGGAAGAGUCGAGAUUAGGACUCAGACCUGCAAACAACCAUAUUCCCUGAGCUACUGUGGCUGAAUCUUUUUUUUUUUUUUUUAAGCAACUCAGUUAUGUCUUGAAUAUACUCAGAAACUAGCUGUUUUAAAUUCCCCAUUGUGUCCCACGUGAACAGUUAUCUGUAGUUUGUAUUAUAUUUGGCAAGGAUGGGGGACACACAUCUUGAUGUCCCCUCUUCGGGAUUUCCUGGGGCCAGCUCUGCUAAGGUAGCCCCCCUGCCCUGCCCACUCCUAUCCGAGAUGCAGAUCCAGCCCUUGGUGGCCAAGGACACGUGCUUCACCUGGUGCCUCCUUCCUUUGGCCAUCAAAACCCCGAAGUUUCCAGAGCAUGACAGUGAGGAGCUCUUUAAAAAGAAUCUAUCAGAGCCCCACAUUUCAGGUUUCUUUUGGGGACAGGGAGGAGGGCAAUGACAGGACAGCUGUGUGUGUCUGCAGUGUGGCAUCUGUCCUGACCAGUAGACGGCACACCCACCAGGCCUACCCCAACCUAGGCAGAGAAGCAGGCCAACGGCAGUCCUCUGAGUCUCAGGGAACAAGCCUGACCGAGUCAGCCUCCCAGAACCUCCCACAAGAGGAGCGAAGGCUUCCUGUGCUGCUGUUUCACUGUCGUAUCUGAGCGACCAUAUCCAUUAGCUGUGGAAGGCGGUGGCCGACUGGCCUUUCUCUUCCCCGUGUCCCAGUCCCUAUCUGCUGGAGCCCUUGAGAGGGCCACCGAAGCGACUAGCUCUGUUGGGCCACUGAAGGGUUGCAUUACUGAAUAGUCUCAAAUCUGUUGUAUUCUUUUUUCUUUUGUUGAAACCAGCAGUGAGUAAUGACAAGACCGCAUCCUUUGCAACAGAUCUACGCAAAGUGCAGCAUCCAAAGCUCACCUGGGCUGGUGGGGGCCGGGCCUGCAGAGUUACCCUGGGGUCCGGCUGUCUCUCUCAUCCUCUGUCCCCAUCUCUGCCGUCCACUGCAGCUGCCACAAGGGCUAAGUGGUUGAAUGAGCCCCAUGACUUCUCCUUACAAGCGUCAUGACUUACUUGUGAGUCUAAUCCCAGGUUAAGCAACAAAACAAAAGCGAGUGACCUGACCAGCUCCUUUGCUCCCCCCCCUCCUUCAGGCAUCCAAACAUAUCUAUACAUAGGUAGUAUUGUGCCCUGUGCCUUGCCCAGGGGAGGGAGAAGUUUCUAGAGAUUGUGGCUUUCCGUUGGCUGCCUGGUGCUUUUACAGUACUUAAACUUCUUUUUUUCUUUUUUUUAACCAAAAUUACAUUUGUUUGGUUGUCAUUGUUGAGUAUGUAUUUAUUGUGUUUCACAAACUUGAGUAUAUAUAUGUAUGUAUAUGUAUAAAACCAAACUUAUAUAUAAAAAGUCAAGGCAUGUAUACUAGAUAUUUUAAAGAGUUAUUUAUCAAAGGAAAAAGAUGUGUGUUAUAAAGUAAAGAGUCUAUAUUUUAUAUAUAAUGUAGAUAGCAAAAAAAUAGCUUAUAAAUUAUAGAAGGUUUUGGUUUUCUUUUUUUAUUAUUAUUCAAGCAAAAAAAAAAAAAGAAAGAAAAAGAAAAGAAAAAAAAGGACAAUGAAUACAACUGUUUUUUAGUGUUUCUAAGGCCAAACCUACUGUGGGAUAUGACCUUCCCUACUGGGCCCUUGGGCCACGCAGUCUGAGCUCCAGACCCAGGAGCAGAUGCCUGCUGUUACCUCUGCGGUGCUCAGGGGACUGUGCUUAGUUGGCUUCGUUCAGCCGGCUGACCCGUGCCACCUUGCACGUGGCCUUUUGCUGCCCUCUCCAAUUUGUCUUGGUGGGAUAAAGACGUGAAAGUAGCAAAUAAAGAUGGAAGAGAAGAGACAA